ACGCAGAGGGCGCGGACACCGGACCUAGCCUGCAGGAGCACGGCGGUCCUGCCGGGCCUACAUCUCCAGGGCACAUCUCCGAAGAGGGAAAAAGUGGUGCAUUUUUGGACAUUCUGAGGAUUCAUAAGGAAACCAGACAUGUCCUUGGAUGACAUUAAGAUGAAAUCUAGUGACUUUUUGGAGAAGGAGCAUCUUGACAGCGGGGGCUUUGGAAAGGUGUCUUUGUGUUUACACAGAUCCCAUGGACUCGUAAUCCUGAAAAAGGUGUACACAGGCCCCAAGUGUACUGAGUACAACGAGUCCCUCCUUGAGGAGGGCAGGAUGAUGCACAGGCUGAGACAUAAUCGGGUGGUGAAGCUCCUGGGUGUCAUCUUAGAAGAAGGAAACUACUCUCUGGUGAUGGAGUACAUGGAAAAGGGCAACCUGAUGCACGUUCUGAAAGCGGAGAUCAGUAUCCCCCUUUCUGUAAAAGGAAGGAUAAUUAUGGAAACCAUUGAAGGAAUGUGCUACUUACAUGGAGAAGGAGUAAUACACAAGGACCUAAAGCCUGAAAAUAUCCUCGUUGAUGAUGACUUUCACAUUAAGAUAGCUGAUCUUGGCGUGGCUUCCUUUAAGACGUGGAGUAAACUGACUAAAGAAGAAAAUAAUGAGCAGAGAAAAAUGAAUAAUAGCGCCCCUAAGAAAAAUGGUGGAACCCUCUGCUACAUGGCCCCUGAGCAUCUGAAUGACAUCAACGCAAAACCCUCAGAGAAGUCAGAUGUAUACAGCUUUGGCAUAGUACUUUGGGCAAUAUUUGCGAAUAAGGAGCCAUAUGAAAAUGCUAUCUGUGAGCAGCAGUUGAUAAUCUGCAUUAAAUCUGGGAACAGACCAAAUGUGGAAGACAUCAUUGAGUACUGCCCAGAGGAGAUUAUCAGCAUCAUGAAGCAAUGCUGGGAGGCGGAUCCAGAAGUUCGGCCAACAUUUGCUGGUAUUGAAGAAAAAUUUAGGCCUUUUUAUGUAGAUCAAUUAGAAGAAAAUGUAGAAGAGGAUGUGACAAGUUUAAAGAAAGAGUAUCCAGACCAAAAUUCAUUUGUGAAGAGAAUGCAUUCUCUCCAGAUUGACUGUAUAGCAAUACCUCCAAGCAGGUCAAAUUCAGCCCCAGAACAGCCCAGUUCUCUGCACAGUUCACAAGGACUUGGGAUGGGCCCUGUGGAGGAAUCCUGGUUUGCUCCCUCCGUAGAGUACCAGCAGGAGGAGAAUGAGCUCAGCUUGCAGAGUAAACUCCAGGAGGAAGCCAACUACCAUCUUUAUGGCAGCCGCAUGGACAGGCAGACAAAGCCACUCAGACAGAAUAUGGUUUAUAAUAGAGAGGAGGAAAGGAGACGAAGGGUCUCCCAUGACCCGUUUGCACAGCAGAAACCCUAUGAGAAUGUUCAGAACCCAGGAGUAAAAGGCAUUCCUUAUUCCAGUGCAACCGGUCAUGGUAAUGCAGUACACCAACCAACAGGGCUAACCAGCCAACCUCAAGUACUAUACUGGAACAAUGGAUUGUACAAUCUGUAUGGUUUGGGAGCAAGACCGUUGGAUCUGGGAACACCAAGUCCAAGAGUUUGGUAUGGACCAAAUCCAAGCCAUAUGCCAAGUGUGCAUAAAACUCCGGUGCCUGAGACCAACCUACUGGGAAACACACCCACCAUCCCAUUCAGCUCUUUGCCAUCAAGAGAUGAGUCUAUAAAAUGUAACAUAUACAACAGCGCUGGCAUUCAGGUUGGAGACCAUAAUUAUAUGGAGAUUGGGGGAUUGAAUUCAGCACUACUGGAAAGCACACAUGUGAACUUGAAAGAAGAGCCAGCUUCUAAGUACCAAGAUAUCUUUGAUAAUAUCACUAGUCUGACUGAUAAACAUCUGGACCCAGUCAGGGAAAAUCUGGGAAGGCAAUGGAAAAACUGUGCACGUAAGCUGGGCUUCACUGAAUCUCAGAUUGAUGAAAUUGACCAUGACUAUGAGCGAGAUGGACUAAAAGAAAAGGUUUACCAGAUGCUCCAAAAGUGGCUGAUGAGAGAAGGCAGUAAGGGAGCCACAGUAGGAAAGCUGGCCUAUGCACUCUACCAGUGUUCAAGAAUAGACCUUCUGAAUUAUUUGAUACACAUCAGCCAGAGCUAA